CGCGGGCGGCGGCGGCGGCGGCGGCGCGGGCUGGGUGCGCGGCGCAGCCUCCUGUGCUGGAAUGUGCGGCUCCCGCGAGCUCGCGGCGCAGCAGCAGAACAAGCGCCGCCGAGGCCCCGGGCCACAGACCCCGGCGGCGGCGGCGGCGGCGGUGGCCGGGACGGCAGAGCGAGAGCCGGCGGCCUGAGCGUUCUCUGCAGUCCCACUCCUGGGCCUUUGCGGGCCUCGACGUCCCCAGCGCCCAACUUUUCCAUCCUCCCCCACCCCUCCCCCCGAAACUCCAGCAACAAAGAAAAGUAGUCGGAGAAGGAGCGGCGGCGCCGGGUCUCCCGCCCCUCGUCGCCUAGGAAGGCCGAAUACAGUCAUGGCCACCCAGGUAAUGGGGCAGUCUUCUGGAGGAGGAGGGCUGUUCACGGGCAGUGGCAACAUUGGCAUGGCCUUGCCUAACGACAUGUAUGACUUGCAUGACCUCUCCAAAGCUGAGUUGGCUGCGCCUCAGCUUAUCAUGUUGGCAAAUGUGGCCUUAACUGGGGAAGUGAAUGGCAGCUGCUGUGAUUACCUGGUUGGUGAAGAAAGACAGAUGGCAGAAUUGAUGCCUGUCGGAGAUAACAAUUUUUCAGAUAGUGAUGGAGAAGGACUUGAGGAGUCUGCUGAAAUCAAAGGUGAACCCAGUGGAUUGGAAAACAUGGAACUGGAAAGCUUGGAACUCAGUGUUGUAGAACCACAGCCUGUGUUUGAGGUAUCAGCUGCCCCAGAAAUUUACAGCUCAAAUAAAGAUCUUCCCCCCGAAACCCCUGGAGCGGAGGACAAAUGCAAGAACUUGAAGAGCAAACCUUUUCGCUGUAAGCCAUGCCAGUAUGAAGCCGAAUCUGAAGAGCAGUUUGUGCAUCAUAUCAGAGUUCAUAGUGCCAAGAAAUUUUUCGUGGAAGAAAGUGCAGAGAAGCAAGCAAAAGCCAGAGAAUCUGGGUCUUCCACUGCAGAGGAGGGAGAUUUCUCCAAGGGCCCCAUUCGCUGCGACCGCUGUGGCUAUAAUACCAAUCGGUAUGAUCACUACACUGCUCACCUGAAACACCACACCAGAGCUGGGGAUAAUGAGCGAGUCUACAAGUGCAUCAUUUGCACGUAUACCACAGUAAGCGAAUAUCACUGGAGGAAACACUUAAGAAACCAUUUUCCAAGGAAAGUAUACACAUGUGGAAAAUGCAACUAUUUUUCAGAUAGAAAAAAUAAUUACGUUCAACAUGUUCGAACUCAUACAGGGGAACGCCCAUAUAAAUGUGAACUGUGCCCUUACUCAAGUUCUCAGAAGACUCAUCUAACUAGACACAUGCGUACUCAUUCAGGUGAGAAGCCGUUUAAAUGUGAUCAGUGCAGUUAUGUGGCCUCUAAUCAACAUGAAGUAACCCGCCAUGCAAGACAGGUUCAUAAUGGGCCUAAACCUCUUAACUGUCCACAUUGUGACUACAAAACAGCAGAUAGAAGUAAUUUCAAAAAACAUGUAGAGCUACACGUUAAUCCACGGCAGUUCAAUUGCCCUGCGUGCGACUAUGCGGCUUCUAAGAAGUGUAAUCUUCAGUAUCACUUCAAAUCCAAGCAUCCUACUUGUCCUAAUAAAACCAUGGAUGUCUCAAAAGUGAAACUAAAGAAAACCAAAAAACGAGAGGCUGAUCUGCCUGAUAACAAUAUUACCAAUGAAAAAAAAGAAACAGAACAGACAAAAAUAAAGGGGGAUGUGGCUGGAAAGAAGAAUGAGAAGCCUGUAAAAAUGGAGAAAAAAGAUAAUGUUUCAAAAGAGAAAAAGUCUUUUAGUAAUGCUUCAACUCAAGUGACUACCAGAACACGCAAAUCAGCAAUGGAAACUAAAGAAAUGGAUGUGCAUACAGGAAAUAAUUCAGAAACAACCUGUAAAACCAAGAAAAGCAAAAGAAGGAUGGAAACUGAAGCCCAUUCCUUAAAAGAUACUAUUAAUGAUGAGGAACCUGUGACAAAAAAGAAGAAGAAGGCAGAAGGCAAAUCCAAAAGUAGUCAGGAAGUGCCAAAAGGUGAUAGCAAAGUAGAGGAGACUAAAAAACAAAAUACUUCCGUGAAGAAAAGUACAAAGAAGAAAAGUCUGAAGAACAAGUCAGGUAAAAAAAGCAGCAAGGCUGCUCAGAAGGGGCCUGCUCGGAUGGUGCCUUCUCCUCCCGAGGGGCCUGCUCAGAUGGCCGCCUCUUCUUCCAAGGGGCCAUCUCAGAUGCAGCCUUCUCCAUCUGGGGGGCCCAUUGAGAUGGAGCCUUCUCCCCCUGUGGGGCCUGCUCAGAUGGAGCUUUCUCCUUCCAAGAGGUCUCCUCAGAUGACGCCUUCUCCUUCCAAGGGGUCUCCUCAGAUGACGCCUUCUCCUUCCAAGGGGUCUCCUCAGAUGACACCUUCUCCUUCCAAGGGGUCUCCUCAGAUGGCGCCUUCUCCUUCCAAGGGGUCUCCUCAGAUGACGCCUUCUCCUUCCAAGGGGUCUCCUCAGAUGACGCCUUCUCCUUCCAAGGGGUCUCCUCAGAUGACGCCUUCUCCUUCCAAGGGGUCUUCUCAGAUGGCGCCUUCUCCUUCCAAGGGGUCUUCUCAGAUGGCGCCUUCUCCUUCCAAGGGGUCUCCUCAGAUGGCGCCUUCUUCUUCCAAGGGGUCUCCUCAGAUGACGCCUUCUCCUUCCAAGGGGUCUCCUCAGAUGGCGCCUUCUCCUUCCAAGGGGUCUCCUCAGAUGGCGCCUUCUCCUUCCAAGGGGUCUUCUCAGAUGGCGCCUUCUCCUUCCAAGGGGUCUUUUCAGGUGGUGCCUUCCCCUCCCGGGGGGCAUGCUCAGCUAGAGCUGCCCCCUGCCAUGGAGUCUGCUCACAUGGAGGUUGGUCAGGUGGAGCCACCUCCUCCAGUGGCGCCUGCUCACAUAGGACCUGCUCAGACAGAGCCACCACCUCCCCCUGGGGGGCCCGCUCAGAUGGAGGUUGUUCAGAGGGAGCUGCCUCCUCCCACAGAGCCGCCUCUUCACCUGGAACCAAGUCCCAGAAAGUCUCCUCGGAAAGAUAAUAAAAAAGAAAAGCCCAACACGCAGAGUGAAGUGGCUCAGAAGGAGCAAGUCCUCAUUGAAGUUGGCUUAGUGCCUGUCAAAGACAGCCAGCUUCUGAAGGAGAGUGCAGGUACGCGGGAUCUCUCUGCACCAUCACCACCACCACCAAAGGAAAACUUAAAAGAAGAGGAGUCAAAAGACCAAAAAUCAUUCACUGAAGGUGAAGGAAGUAAAGAAGCCCCUCUUCAAAAGGUAGAAGAGGCAGGGAAGAUUCUAGCUGGUCUUGCUGCUAUUAACAAGGAAUCUGCCGGUAUUUCAUCCUCUGAGCAAAACUUGACUAUGGCAGAGGGUGAAAUGUUAGAUGCUAAGUGUCCGACUGACACUGAGCUUCGUGAAAUGGAAAUAGACACUGAUGAGAACAAAACAGAGAACCCCCCUGGCAAAGAGCCAGCAGUUGAAGAACCUGUUUCACCAGUGCUGCUUCCCCUGCCAAUAGAAAAUCACGGAGCAGUGUCCAAAACUGCUGUGACAUCACCUCCUGUCACCAUGGCAGUAAAUGAGUCUCAGGAAAUGGAUGAAGACGAAGGCAUCCAUAGUCAUGAUGGAAGUGAUCUAAGUGACAACAUGUCAGAGGGUAGUGAUGACUCUGGAUUAAAUGGGGCCCGGCCAGUGCCACAAGAAACCAGCAGGAAAAAUGAAAAGGAAGCCUUGGCAGUCAAAGUGGCUGAGGGGGAUUUUGUUUGUAUCUUCUGUGAUCGCUCUUUUAGAAAGGAAAAAGAUUACAGCAAGCACCUCAAUCGCCAUUUGGUUAAUGUCUACUUCCUUGAAAAAGCAGCUAAAGGUCAGGAGUAAUUUAGGAUAAGGCUUCACUUCUUAGUUUAUAAGAUCUAUUACAUUUAAUAUUCGUUUGUAGUUGUAGACAACCUUUUAUUUUUUAAAUUGCUUUAAUUAGUGUCCGAUGUUGAUUUUUAAGUGGCACUCUUUUCCUUAGGACUCUAUAUACCUGUUGAUGGAUAAAUUUUAGCAAAUCCAAGGAAGGUAGUGUACUAAACCAGCAGACACCUAAAUCUGUUAGUUUAUACGUUUAAUUGAAAUGAGAAGGCCAAGGUGGUAUUGUAGCAUUCUGUUGCUUUGUCUGGCUGUAACUUGUCACUUUCCUUGCCAUGUCUGUCUGCUUGUUUCACGUUAGUUUUUUUUCUUAGUUCUUUGUUUAGUUCUAUAAAAAUUGGCAUACUUAAAUAGCAAAUUACUUGAAGAAUUUGCCUGCUUUAUAUAAAGUUAGCACUUUAAGAUUUUUUUAGAGAUGAGGAGAGACUUUAAAUUGAAGAAAAAUUUUCCCAGCAGUGGACAUUGUAUCAGUCCAGGUAUUUACUUCUGAGUUUUGAUCAAUAUUUCUUAUUUGUAUAUGUUAAUCAUCAUAAAAACAAUUGAUUUUGGUGUGGUUUUUUUGUUUGUUUUGGGUUUUUUAUUUGUGGGGUUUUUU